UUAAGAUAGUUACUCAUAUUAUCACAUGACUUAGUUUGAGCAAAAUGCUCAAAUUGCGCUGGACGUUGCUAUCGUUCAUCAUUUGGCUCCUACAGAUUGCUUCAUCUUUCCAACAGAAUACCACAGAUACUGACGCAGCGUGUGGUGAAGGAGGUCUCAACAUUACAGGCCAAUAUGGGACAAUUUCGUCACCAAACUACCCAAAUGAAUAUGAACAUGAUCUAGAUUGCACUUGGCAAAUUGCCGUUCCAAAUAAUACGCGGAUAGCAAUCAAAUUCGAUCUGCUAUUUGAAAUAGAAGGCAGUUUUUUUGGUUGCUUCUUCGACUACAUACAAUUUACAGAUGGCGAUGAUACUAGUGGUGAUAGGUAUUGUGGAACGGAAAUCCCACGAAGUUUUACAUCGGUCAGCAAUAUGUUGAAAAUUAUAUUUAAAACUGAUGAUUCUGUCGCAUUUUCCGGAUUUUCUUUCAAUUGGACGGUAAUUGAUUCUGACGAGUUUUUUCAAAGAACGGUUAAGUUGAGCGGAGAUAGAGGUUUAAUUUCUACGCGAAAUUAUCCUUUUCGGAAUACAGUACUUUGACUGAAUUGAACUGGGAUGUUAAUGUAUCGUCGGAUAAGGUCAUCCUAAUGGAAUUUGCAACAUUAUUUAAUAUUGAAGGUACUAUAAGAACAAAUUGUCCUUACGAUUCCUUAACCAUUUCUGACAAUGAAGAAGAGGCAUCGUCUGGGAAUUUUUGAAUAAUAUUAUGCGGUCAGACACAACCUGAAAGGCAGCUUUUUAUCGGUGACAAAAUGUAUGUUUCAUUCAAGUCAGAUGUAAAAAACGUAGGAGCCGGAUUUUCUUUAAAUUAUACAGCAGUUGAUCCUCCAACAUGUAACAAGACAAAUCAAGUUAGCGGCACAUUUGGUAUAAUAUCAUCUCCAAUGUUUCCGUUACCGUAUGUACGUGAUCUCGAUUGUACGUGGUUCAUAACUACGCCCGAAGAUACGAGAAUUGCAAUACGCCUAAAUCUUCGUUUUAAUAUUUGGUUCAACUCAGAUGGAUGUGAAAAUGGUGACUAUCUUCAAAUAUUUGAUGGGCCAUCUACAACCUCCACUCAGUAUCAGCAAGCAUUCUGCGGUAAUUUUCCUCCAAAGGGAUUUCUUUCUACCACAAAUAAAGUAACAGUUCAAUUUGUUACACAAUCCAGCUAUUCGGGAUCAGAUCGGUUUACCGGAUUCUCACUAAAUUGGACAGCUGAAGCAAUUUGUCAAUCUGAGGAAUUCCGAUGUUGGGAUGGUACAUGCAUUAACGGAUCAAAGAAAUGCAACAAAAUUAUUGAUUGCCCUGCUGAUAAUGCUGACGAAGCUGUAUGCAAACAAGAUGGUUCCGGUACGUGUGGAACUCCGGAAAUUCCUCCAGUUUUUGAAUGGGACUCAAGAAUAGUUGGAGGAGAAAACGCGGUGCCUGGCUCGUGGCCAUGGCAGGGUCGUCUGGAGUAUUUUGUUCGUGGAGAUUGGACGCGAGUUUGCGGAGCAGUGUUGAUUUCAGAAGGAUGGGCUCUAACGGCUGCUCAUUGUAUUUUUAAAGAAUCAGAAUCGAGAGCGUUAUUUGGUGUUUACAAUGGCACAGGCUUUGAACCACAGACACAGAAUGUUUCAAUAAAAAAUUUUGUUGUGCCCCAAAAUUGGAAGUGGGAAGACGCACAAGCAUUUUCAGGAGGUUACGAUAUUGCUUUAAUAGAAUUCUCUUCACCGGUAACAUACACAGCCUGGGUAGAACCUGUUUGUCUUCCUACCUUGAAUCCGAAUCCCGGAACUUGGACGGUCAUAACAGGGUGGGGAUCAACAGAUUAUUACGGUGGACCUCGCAAGGAAAGUUUACAGCAAGCUCGAAUACCACUUGUUUCUCAAGAAUCAUGCAAAAAAAGACUCCUUGAUUCCGAAUUGUUCGAAAUUGAUAAUGUGCUAUGUGCCGGAUUUGCAACCGGGGGAGUGAGCGUUUGUUCGGGAGACUCCGGAGGGCCUAUAGUUUUCUUAAAUGGGGACAAAUGGGAGCUUAUCGGCAUAUCUUCAUUUUCAACAGCGUGUGGACUUGUUCCAGAUAGACCAGCAGGCUUUACUAACGUUUCAGCCUAUCUAACAUUUAUAAAUUACUAUCGUGAAAAUAGCUUAUCGGAAAUGCCAAUGACAAGUUUUGUUAUAAACGGCGAGAAUGGCACGGUAUCUUCCCCAAACCACGGAGAUAGAUAUCCACUCAAUACACAUAUACGAUGGUACAUCGAGUCUUCACCAAACACGAGGAUUACCGUUAAAUUUGACGACAUCUUUACUAUAGAAAAUGUAGUUAACCAUGAUAAAGCACCAUGUUCGUUCGAUUACCUGCUUAUGUGGGAUGGAAGUAAUACUGGAGCGAUGAAGUAUAAUCACAAAAAACUAUGUGGAAUAAAAGCACCUCCGAAUUUUGAGACCAAAACCAAUCACCUCGUCGUUGAAUUUUGGUCGGACAGUUCGUUUUCCAGCAAGGGAUUCUCAUUUAACUGGACUACCAGCGCUGACUGCAAUCCGAACGAAUAUAGAUGUCGCGAUAAAUCGUGCAUUCCAAUGAACAGAACAUGCGAUGGGAAUUAUGAUUGUCCUGGACACGAAGACGAGUUUGAAUGUGCGAGUCCGAUGAACACAGAAUGCGGCAAACCAGAAGUGUCUCCCAUUUAUUCAUGGAGUCCAGUUAUUAUUGGUGGCCAUAAUACGAUAAAAGGUUCUCAUCCGUGGCAGGUGGCAUUAUUUGUAGAGGAUAGCCCGGGUGUCUACGAGUUUGUAUGUGGGGGAUCUUUGAUUUCUGAAUAUUGGGUUAUAACUGCUGCGCAUUGCUUGGAUAUAUCAAGUAAAUAUCAAAUUGCGAUCGGAGGACACAACCUAGCAGAAUUUAAUCCAGACGAACGGCGAAUAAACGCCAGUUUUGUUAUUCCACAUCCUGAUUAUGGUGAAGUUCACGAUAUAGGCUUUGUUCGACUCGAGGAAAAGGUGGAUACAACCUCGAAAUGGCACAAACCGAUAUGCCUACCUUCGUCCAAUGAUACAAAUAUUCCUGCGAUUGGAUCAGUUUGUGUUGUGACCGGAUGGGGACUAACAAACGGUAUUAGAGGCCAACCCACGCCUGAUACAAUGCAGCAAACCCUGGUUACAAUAUUGAAUGACAGCUACUGCAUCACGGACUUUUAUUUGGGAGUCUCAGCUGAUCAACCUUUGGACACGUACAUAUGUGCUGGUCACGAAAGUGGAAGGGUGGAUACCUGUUCUGGGGACUCAGGCGGUCCACUUUCUUGUCUCGUUGAUGGUGCUUGGGUACUAUACGGCAUUACCUCUUGGGGUUUUUCGUGUACUGCUACUAAUACAAGGGGCUUCUACGAAAGAGUAUCCGAGUAUUUAGAUUUAAUAGAUCAAGUUUUUAAUAUGGAAGUUUGCAGCGAAUACGAAAUACGUGAAGGUACAAAAGGAACUGUUACUAUACCUCAACUAUUUGGAAAAUAUUUCUCGAAUUCCCAAUGCUCGUGGCUUUUAAGGGCCCCUGCUAACAAGCUGAUUGUCAUACGAUUUAAGCUCUUUGACAUCGAAGAUUGCUCUCCGUUUGGUAACUAUGACUAUUUGGAUAUUUAUGAUGGAAACUCGUCCGAAGCACGACAGAUAAGCGAUAAAUCGUUUUGCGGCGAAGACAUAGUAGUUAAAGGAUUUGAAUCAAGCUCCAAUGAAGUAUUUAUUAGUUUUGUUAGUGAUGACUCUGUGGAUUUAAAAGGUUUCAUCAUUGAGUGGGAAGCAGUUGACGACUGUAAUGAGGAUGAAUUUAGGUGUUGGGAUGGUUCGUGUAUCGAAGAAAAUUUACAUUGCGAUCAAGUUUAUCAUUGUUCAGAUAAAAGCGAUGAGAUCGUAUGUGCUAUUCCGAAUGCCGGGUGCGGACAGCAAAAAAUUUUGCCAGAUUUUUUAUGGCCCGCAAGAAUUGUUGGUGGAAUGGUAGCAGUUGAUGGUUCAUGGCCAUGGCAAGCCUUAAUUUUGGAUGACGAUGGCGAUGUAGUCUGCGGUGCAUCCAUUGUAAAUGAAAUUUGGAUCUUGACAGCCGCCGAAUGCUUUCUUAAUGUUUAUAUUUAUGAAGUCGUCGUUGCCGUAGGUCAAUAUGACAUAGAUGAUAUUGACACAUUGAAGCAAUACACCAUUGCAGAAAUAUAUUACUAUGAUGAGAUUUUUACAGAAGAUUACGACAUAGCUUUACUGAAAUUAGAUGCAAAAUUAACAUUUGAAGAUAAAGUUCAACCUGCAUGUCUUAGCAUGGCUGAUGACUUAGUUCCUGGAGAAAUAUGUGUCGUCACUGGUUGGGGAUGGACAGCUGAAGUCUAUCGACUAUUCAGUGCAAAGCUAAGACAGAAUCGAGUUCCAAUAAUAAGUCCGGAUACUUGUCAAAAGGUCGAACAUUUUAUUCCUUUCGACGGGGAAAGGAUGUUUUGUGCUGGAGAUUUUCAGGGAGGUGUCGAUGCAUGUCGGCAUGAUACUGGGGGUCCUCUGGUGUGUUAUCGAAACAGUACAUGGAGGCAAUACGGAAUCGUAUCUUCACAAUAUGGGUGCGGAAAUCCUAUGGCACCAACUUAUUACACCAAAAUUUCUUUUUACAAAGAUUGGAUUGAAAGAACAAUUGGGGAGCCGUUGUCAACACCCUGGCAAGUAACAACUUCAAUGAAAAUGCCCAUCGAUACAACAGCAACAACACAAGAACGGGAAGCUGAGAAUGAAACAACAGAAGCAUCUACAACUCCAUCUUCUACAACCGCGUCAGAAAGUCAAACCAGUAUUGAUUCUUUGAUGAUUGAGUCGACUGCAUCAACUACCAUCACUACUACUUCCCAAUCUUCGACCACGUCUGGUUAUAAAAUCAUCUCAUUUUCACUUGGUACAAUUAUGGUCACGUUCCUUUGUCAACUGCUAUUAUUUGGACUAUUCAAUUAAAGAUGGAUGCAUAAUAAGUGGUACACUCCCGUAUGUGUACCAGGUUAGGGUUAGGCCAUAAUUUUAUCAGAUUUUCCUCAUUUCAGUUCUAUUACAAGUUCGGGGACUGUCUGUGUUAGCCAAGUGAAUAUACCUCACGCCCAUAGUCUUCAAGUCCCUUUACACAACUUGAUGUAAAGUAGGCGAAAAAAAUUAUUUACCUCUAUAUUGGUACACAUACUUCUGGAGCGCCCAAUAAGUUGGGCAAAGUUCAUAGCUUCAUAAAAUUAACCGUAGAAUUAAAUAAUUUUGUAAUUUUUCAAUUAAUCCUGCUUUACAGAAUAAUCAUUUUAGUUGGCUUUAAACUAAAUAGAAAGAACUAUUUAGAUUAUUGUCUUUUAUCUGUAUUUUUCUUUUUUGAUAAAAUAUGUAUUAUGUGUCUACAAGUAUUUUCUAAUUUUUGUUGGAAUUUUCCACACCUUUAUCCGGUUUUGAAAUAAUAUUUGAGAUAAAUUACAUCUUACGAGUGACGAGUCACUCCAACUACAUAGACGUAGCAGAAACCCGUCACUUUUCGAUUAGUGGGACCGUUGAUGUUUGAUUUGUUAUACAGUUUAAUACUAUGGUUCGCAAACUGCGGCCCGUGGGUCGAAUGUGGCCCGCGAACAAUUUUGUGUCCCCAGAGCGAACCUCACUUUUAAUGCACAAAAACAAAAUUAUUCAAUUAGAAUUGAUGCCCAAAAUCAUGAAAUUCUAAAAAUUUGCGCACGGAGGG